AUGUCGGUAAACGUAGUAGCUAUCACACAAGAAGAUGCAUUUUCUAGCACAGAGGAAGUGCCACCCAGAAGGUCGUCAUCAAGGCACUCCAGCAGUUCAAGUCACAAUCCCAACAGUCAAGUUCCAAGAGUCAUACCUGAACUACCGGUAGCGGCCACAAAGACCAACCAAAAUCAAACACUGAAUAUUCCCACUUCAGCUUCAAGUUCAACCAUAUCCUCACAAAUGCACUCCGGUAUGCAAAAAAGAGUUCAAAGAGAAGUGAGAUUUGGUGCAUAUAUUCUAGGCUCAACACUCGGAGAGGGAGAGUUUGGAAAAGUUAAAUUAGGAUGGAGGAAAGAUGGUAAAUUUCCAAGCCAAGUGGCCAUCAAGUUAGUUAAACGAUCAACAAUUGUUAAGGAUUCAGAUUCAGAGGUUAAAAUACAUCGAGAAAUUAACUCAUUAAAGCUAUUAAACCACCCAAAUAUUGUCAACUUAGUGGAAGUGAUGAAAAGUGGAAAAUACGUUGGUAUUGUUUUAGAAUAUGCAUCAGGUGGUGAAUUAUUUGAUUAUAUCUUACAACAUAAAUACUUGAAGGAGCCAGUGGCGAAAAAGAUUUUUGCACAAUUAGUCAGUGGUGUGGAUUACAUGCAUUCCAAAGGGUUGAUACAUCGUGAUUUGAAAUUGGAAAACCUAUUACUAGAUAAACAUAAGAACGUCAUCAUUAGUGACUUUGGAUUUGUUAACUCUUGUGGUGACAAAAAUAAUGACCUAAUGAAAACAAGUUGCGGGUCUCCUUGUUAUGCUGCACCAGAAUUGGUAUUGACGCAAAGUCCAUAUGAGGGCAGAAAGGCAGACGUUUGGUCAUUGGGUGUGAUAUUAUAUGCUAUGUUGUCCGGCUACUUGCCAUUUGAUGAUGAUCCGGAAAAUGAAGAUGGAUCAGAUAUUAUCAAAUUGUACCAUUAUAUUUGCAAAACCCCAUUGACAUUUCCUGAGUACGUAAGUCCAUUAGCUCGUGAUUUGCUUAGGAAGAUUAUUGUUUCGGACCCAAGGAAAAGAAUUGGGAUUGAUGCAAUUAGAAAUCACCCAUUUUUGAGUUCAUAUGCAACAUUGUUAUCCAUUAGACAACCAGAAUGGGAUAGGAUUUAUCGAGAGAAACAUGCAGCUACUUCUGCAAGUGUGGCUGCAGCUGCCUUAGCUGAGCAGCAAACACCGGUUUACAACAAGAGGUUCUCAAUGAUUAACACGCCAACAAGCUCCUCAUCUUUAAUGGGUCCUUCGAUAUAUCAUCACCAACAAAUGUCGCAUUUACAACCACAAAGUGGAAGACCCCAACCAGGAACAUCAGACCAUGCAAGAUCAUACUCAUCAACCAGUAUCAGCCUUUUGUAUGCGUCGCCUUCCAUGUCUACCUCCAACUCACCUAAACCCAUUGAUUCAUCUGACAGUGUUAAUGUAUCAAAAACCCCAUCGCCAAAAAAACCAUCCUCAGUAUCUCCAACGAGAGGCCACCAAAAGUCGGCAUCAAUUUCAAAUUCUACUUCAUCGGCUAGUUUUGCUUUGAAAUCAAUGGUUAAUGAUGAAAGUGCUACUAGAUCAGCAUCCACAUCUACCAAUUAUCCAAACUCUUCCACAAUUUCAACCAUUGUGGAGAGCCCUACGAAACUAACAUUUGCCUCACCUACGGCCUUACCACCAACAACAAAGUUAUUACCACCAAAAGAGUUUGCAAAGUUACCACCAGCGGCAAAAAAACCAAGACCUACGUCUUAUCAUCCAUCCUCAAUGACAUCAUCAUUGAUAUCGCCUUCACCGGUUACGGUUUCAUACAAGGACAUGAUCAAAUUUCCAGCUACUAACUCCAACAUUUCUUAUCCAAACUCAAUGACUCAAUAUAUUUCAACUUCACCACCGAAAGAAAUUAUGAUUGCAGAUUCCAGACCCGUGUCCAGUCGAAGGAACUCAGUAGUUACUCAUGUGCACGUUAAUGGCGUGUUAAGCAAGGAUAACUUACCUGGACAUGGUGGCCACAGUGGUUAUAAUUCGUCUCCAGAUAACAAGAGGAAUUCGGUGUUAAGUUAUUUGGAAGAUAAGAUUGAAGCAUUGGAUUUGUCGGAAAGCAUUCACCAUUCACCUACAAAAUCUAGCAAGAGCUCGGUUGUGGAAAAAGUUGAGGGUGAUACGUUGGAUAGACAAAUACAGUCUGAACUGACAAAAGGUGAAGAGGAGACAACUUUGACCACCAAUGUAACGGGAAACGAUGAGAAUCCACACACUAAAGCAGACGUGGAUGAACAAGAUUAUGAAGUGGGAAAAGAUGGUGAUAAGGAUGAAGUAAAAUCAGAACCAGCCAACGAGAUAUUACCCGAGCCGAUGGAGGAGUAUAUCGAAAAGCCAAAUCCUGUAACCAAUUCAGAACCGUCAAACGAGGUUACAUUGAAAUCUUUGGAAACGAAACCGGCUAAACCUGCUGAAGUUGGCAGAAGGACAAGCAUAUCAAGAAGAACUACUCAUGAUGAGAACAAGGAAAACCGUGAACAUAGAGAGACAAAGAAAAGAAACAGAUUCAGUUUGUUAUCUUUUUACAGUUCAUAUCAUUCCUCAAGUUCAAAUGUGUCUUUACUAACCGGAAAAGAUGGAUCCAAUUUCUCAAGCACCAAUGCAACUAAUUCUACUGCACCAACUCCAUUGUCAAAAGAAACCAACAAGAGGGAUACGGCUACAACCAUCGUAUCCUCAACUUCAUCAACCACAAAGCCUAAACCUAAAACAAGAAAGGUGUUGGAGCCUACAAAUGAAGCCAACAUCGGUAAAAAAGACUCAAAGCGUGUGCAUUCUAAUUCAUCAAGUGGUAGUGGACACAACAGUUCGAAACGUCAUUCAAUUGCUGCUACUGGUGGUAGUGGGACUACCAAUACACCCAAAGAGUCAAGUGCAGCAAGAAAAGUUAUGGAUUUCUUCAAGAGAAGGAGUGUAAGAGUAGGGUGA